CGAGCGGCCGAGGUGGGAGGCAAGAUAUAAAGACUUGGUGACCACGGUCGAUCGGGAUAGAAGCGGAUAUCAUCAUGUGGCAGUGUCGGACGACCGGCCUGUUGGCCUUACUACUACUUGCAGCGUGUGUCCAAGCGCGAGAAGUCGAAUCACUGCGAUCAAAGCGUUAUAGCGGAGGAGGAUCAUACUCCUCAAGCAGUGCCAGCAGUUCUGCCAGCGCAAGUUCGGCUGGUGGUGGUAGCAGUUACUCCAAAACCAGUGCUCAGGCUGUCGGCAGUGCUACGGCAGGUGCUCAGUCUUCAGCAUUGUCGAGUGGCAGUGGACACGGAGGUGGCGGUCAUGGUGGAUAUGGGGACGGUGGUUAUGGAGGCGGUAGCGGCGCUCUAGGAGGUGGCGGUGGUGGUCUAGGAGGUGGCGGUGGUGGUCUAGGAGGUGGCAGCGGUCACGGAGGCGGCUACGGAGGCAGUGGUACCGGAGGUGGCUACGGAGGUACCGGAGGUGGCUAUGGAAGUAGUGGUACCGGAGGUGGCUACGGAGGCAGUGGUACCGGAGGUCAUGGUGGUUUAGGAGGUGGCGGCAGUCAUGGUGGUUUAGGAGGUGGCGGUAGUCAUGGCGGAUACGGAGGUAGCAACGGCGGUGGAUACGGAGGUAGCAGCGGCGGUGGAUACGGAGGCGCCGGUGCAGGUGCUGGUAGCGGUGGAUAUGGCAGUGGAGGCUACGGUGGGGGAAGUGGAGUAGGUAAAGUUAGCGGAGGAGGUCUUGGCGGCGGUGGUUAUGGUGGAGAUACAUCUGGUGCCGGAAGUUACGGUGGAAGUACUGCUGGUGCCGGAAGCUACGGUGGAAGUAACGCCGGUACCGGCGGUUAUGGCGGAAGUGGUUCCCUAGGUCAUGGUGGUGGUGGUGGCGGCCUCGGAGGUCAUGGUGGUAGUGGUGGUCUAGGAGGAGGACAUGAUGGUGGUUCCUUAGGUCAUGGUGGCUCCGGAGGAUACGGAGGUAGCGGAGGUUUAGGUGGUGGUAGUGGUGGUUAUGGCAAUGCUGGUUCAAGCGCAGGUAGUUACGGUGGUAGUAGCGCCGGAAGUGCUGGUGGUUACGGUGGUAGCGGCGGCGGUUCAGGUGGUUAUGGAAAUGGUCAAUUAGGUGGAGGAUAUGACUCCGGUUUUGGUGGACCUGGUAAAUGGAGUGGGGGUGGCGCAGGUAGCGGACACGGCGGAGGUCUAGGAGGUGGACAUGGAGGAGGCUCAGGCGGUGGAUAUGGAGGAGGCUUAGGCGGUGGACAUGGUGGAGCAGGAGGAUUGGGAAGUGGAGGUUUGGGUGGUGGACCUGGAGGAGGCGGAUAUGGACAGGGAGGAGGUCCAGGCGGAUAUGGACAUGGUGGAGUAGGAGGUGGAGGUGGCGGCGUAGGAAGUGCUAAUGCCCAAGCCAGCGCUAGCGCAAACGCCGGUGCUGCAGGUAGUGGAGGAGGAUACGGAGGUCACGGAGGUCACGGAUCGGGAGUAGAUUUAUUCUCUCGCAUCGGUGACACCGAGGAAGGUGCGGACCAGACUGGCACUGUGGAAGGUGCAAAGGGUGUUUACAGCAGCAGCGCAGCUAAUAUAGAUAGUACCGGCAAAGGUACUUAUUCCGUAAAAGCGGGUAAAAUUCCAGCGUAAUAUCCGCGUUUUAUUUUCGAAAAUAAAUAUUAUUUCGCUAAAAGAUUCUUUCGAAUGAUCGGCGAGCUGUGAUUAUAAUCGUAUUUUUACGACGUAAUAAAUAUAAUACAAUAAAAUAUGUAAGGUUUAUGCUUUAUUUUCUAUAAUUGUCAGGAAAAUAAUUUGGCGUCUAAAAGAAAAUAAAUUUUUAUAUAAAUUGUAUAUUUCUUUUUGUGAAUUACUUAUAUUUUUAAAAAUUUAUCCACAUUCGAAAAGAAGGAAAAUCUGUAAUGACUAUAAACGUCGGAAAUCUUUUUAAAUAAUAAUUUUAUUAACUCUGUGUCGUAAUACUUACAAAAUAAAAUCAUGUAUGUCCCGUCAUUUGCUAAAA